GUGAACAAUUUCCAUUUAAAGAUGAUGCCUCUAGAUGUAUUCUGUGUUCUCAUUUUGAGCAUCGUCCCUGCAUUUGGAGGAAAUUAUUUUCACAGCAGUUUUACAGGUUUACCUUACCACAAGCCAUAUGUUAAGGACAACUUCUGUCCUAAUGGUGUCCCAGUAUCGUUCAGACCUCGAUAUGGGGCGUCUAUCCCUAACUGUGAUCCGCCACUGGGGCCUAUCGAGGGUUGCGAGAUGAUUAAUAUAAAUAUAUUUGCACCUCGGCCUUACCGAUGUCCAUACAAUGGUUAUGUAUCUGGCUACUCAGCAGUUCCCAAGGAUAAACACGGAAAUGUUGCAGUUAAGUGUUGCAGAGCGCAGGGAGUCACUUAUAACGAAAGAGAAUGCGUCCAGUAUUUUCGGUUGGAGGAUCCAAGAUAUCCGUCCCCAACUAAACCCGGGUUUUAUCUUGUUGGAUCCACGCCUCUAUUUAUUCCUAAAGGGAAAGUAGGUUUUUACAACACAGAAUGCAGAUUUGGCAGAAACAAGCCCUUCAAUUCUAAAAUUUAUUGAAAGUAUUAAAUAACAAUCUUGUUUUGUAUAUUACGCAAUACCUUGUAUUCAUAUCUGUGAUUUCAAACAAUAUUAAAUUUAUGAUAAAUCUUGUACAAUAUUAUUUUUGCAUUAUUAUAGACUAUAGUGUUGAUGAUUUAAUCAAACGAAUUCGCAAAACAACCUUCUGUUGUUUUUAUUUU